UCUUUAUUUAUAGUACUAUGAAUCUGUACUACCAUACUCUUCUUCCAUAAACACCUUUCACUGAGCACUUACUCUCUUUCUUUCACUCUCAAAUCACAACCUGCAUUUAUACAAACAGAAUCAUCAUUCUGCUUAUAUUAAGUGCUUAAAAUUUAAGUUACCUACCAUUCUUUCUUCAUGGCUUUUCAACUGAUAUUUAUGUUUGCUAUUUUAUUCUUUAUGGUUCCUUCAAGCAAUGCCUAUUGGCCACCUUCACCUGGCUACUGGCCAAGUUCCAAAUUCAAGUCUAUGAGUUUUUACAAAGGUUUUAGAAAUCUUUGGGGUCCUCAACACCAAAGCCUUGAUCAACAUGCAUUAACAAUUUGGCUUGACAGAACCUCAGGAAGUGGAUUCAAGUCGGUUCGUCCUUUUCGAUCCGGAUACUUUGGUGCUUCUAUUAAGCUUCAUCCUGGCUACACUGCAGGAGUUAUAACAGCUUUUUAUCUGUCUAACAAUGAAGCACAUCCAGGAUUUCAUGAUGAAGUAGACAUUGAGUUUCUAGGGACAACAUUUGGAAAGCCUUAUACUUUGCAAACAAAUGUUUAUAUAAGAGGGAGUGGUGAUGGGAAAAUUAUAGGCAGAGAAAUGAAGUUCCAUUUAUGGUUUGAUCCUACUAAAGAUUUUCAUCACUAUGCUAUACUUUGGAAUCCUAAGGAAAUAAUAUUCUUAGUGGAUGAUGUGCCAAUAAGGAGGUACCCAAGGAAGAGUGAUGCAACAUUUCCACUAAGACCAAUGUGGGUUUAUGGUUCAAUUUGGGAUGCUUCAUCAUGGGCAACUGAAGAUGGAAAAUACAAAGCUGAUUAUAGAUACCAACCUUUUGUUGCAAGGUACACCAAUUUCAAGGCUAGUGGUUGCACAGCCUAUGCACCACUUCGGUGCCACCCGGUCUCGGCCUCCCCGUAUCGAUCGGGUGGAUUGACCCGACAACAACAUUUCACUAUGAGAUGGGUUCAAAGUCAUCACAUGAUUUAUAAUUAUUGCCGAGACAUUAAAAGAGACCAUAGACUAACACCUGAGUGUUGGAGUUAAAAGUUGAAGAAAAAUAUUACUAAAAUUGAGCUUGAUUUUAGCGCCAGACACAUUGGUGUGAUUUGUUGUAUUGUUAUUGUCUUUUAAUGUUUUAUGAGAUGAUCAUUGUUUCACAACAAAGUUGGAAAAGUUGUGUGGAUUAUUUUGCUUAUGUUAGGUUUCUCUUUUGGCUUAGAGCAACGAAAAAUGGAGAGAAAUUAAUAACAUUAUUGUUCAA